UAGGAGAGCGGUAUAUGGGAGAGGAAGCGUUCGGGUCGAGGAUGCGGUUCGUGGUGACAGGCGGCAACGUGAGCGUUAUUGGGAGAGCAAUACACGCACUCUCGCGGAUUGGUGAAGACUGUUACCUUGAGGCAUUCGAUGAAGGACUGGCUGUCCGGACAGUGAAUUCUUCACGAUCGGCUUUUGCAAGUUUCCUUUUUGCUCCUGCCUUCUUCCAGAAGUAUGAUCCCAGCAUUUGUCCGACAUCUGAGCCUGACGCAUCCCCUUCACAAACGGAGAAUUUCCGCUGUAAAAUCGUCAUGAAGUCUGUCCUGGCCGUUUUUAAGUCACCGUCCACUCUCGAGAAGACUGUGGAGAAAUGCAAGAUUGCACUAGGCCGAGGAAUGGAUCAGCUCAUCAUCCAACUUCUCUGCAAAUAUGGCAUCACCAAAACGCACAACCUCACCUUCCAGGAGUGCGAGACUCUGCAGGCUGUAUACAACAAGGAGCAUUGCCCAAACACAUUACGAGCGCAGCCCAAGUUAUUCACUGACACAGUCGUUCAUUUCCCUACCAACCUCGAGGAGGUGACUCUCGAGAUCAAAGGUCGGCGGGUCUAUUUCCGAAACUACAUUGAGCCGGAUACAGAUCCCAGGAAGACAAUGCACACAGAGAUGGUUCUAACCCCACUCGAAUUUGAUGAGUUCUCCAUGAAGGACGAGACAGAGAUAACUUUCUGCUUGAAGGAGCUGAGGGGGCUAUUGGGAUUUGCAGAGGCCUCAGGACUUCCUGUCACCGUCCACUUCCAGGGCCCCGGCAGCCCUGCCAUCUUCAGCCUGCACGAGGCUGUCCUCGAGGUGAACUUUGUCCUGGCCACACUAGCAGAUGUGGAAUCGCAGAGCACGUGUCAUGCUGGAGGAGACGGCAGCUCUCGAGGAGGACCCCAUCCUGUUGCUGACGAUUUCAUGAAUGAGGAGAUGGAUUCCUACAUGAUUGCCAUGGAGAACAGCGCCAUGGAACAAAUGCUGUCGGGGACUGAGCUUCCUCCAAACGAUGGUGCCCCACCUCGAAGCCCCACUUUCCCCCUGGCACACAGCAAUAAGAGAGGCCAUGGUCUAGUGGGAGAGGCAGUGUCAACUCACCACGAAGAGGAGGAGGAGGAGGAUGCAGAAAUACCUGCCACACCCCCACACAAGAAGCAGUUCCGCUCGCUGUUUUUCGGCUCCCUGCUCUCAACGAGGGAGAACCCGAGGUUGGUCCUGGGUCAUGAGGUCCUGGCUGAGGCAAGUGACAGUGACAGUGAGACCUGACAUCGGAGAGAACUGGAGCGAGGAGACACCGCACAGUUCCAACGGCAAUCAACUUGGACUCCAGAUUCGAGAAAACACUCAUGGUUCAGCUUGUCCUGUUUUAUCGCAGAAACUGAAACUUCCAUCAGGUUCCCAGGAAGCUCAUUCAGAAUGGGAUUCCAGGAGAGACACUUGCAGCUCCUAAUCAUUGGCUGCGAAGAACAGCCGACAAAGGAUUAUGAAACAUCUAUUUUAAUAGGGGGUUCCUUGUUCUCUCCAAAGUCUGCAUCUCCCAGCCAUUAACGCAAUGAGCCCUUACUCCCCUUGAAAGCUUUACUUAACUGCAUUCCCAGUAAAGGAGCAGAUCACUUGCAGUACACAAUAAACUGUUGAUUCCGAGGAAUCACAUGGUUAAAAAUGCUUUUCAAUCCAGCAAAUGGUUAAAUACACUAGAGCGCGUCAGUAUUUUCCAUAAGUCCCUGAAAUAUAAACCUGUAUCUCCCAAUUUUGUUACAUACAGCGAUAGACUGAUUGGUUUAGUUUGGGAGUGUUGACUAAACAUGGGGAGAAAGGGUCACCACUUUAAAAAGAGGAGGGGGGGGAGAAAUGAAUCCAUCGCAAUUUGGGAAAAUAAAAAAAACAAGUGAAGCUGAUGAUGCUUUCAAGGCAGUGUUAGUUUUUGGGUGACACUGAAUGCAGACGAACUGGCAUCAUUUGUUAUGGGAUCAGGAGGGGCUCAGCAGUAUUAACAAUGAAUUGCAGUUGUAGACAGACCCUUGGAAGAAAAUGAAGACAGAGGGCAGCACAGAAACUGUCUGAAGCUGACUCCAUCAAGAUCUCUCGCUUGCCCUUUGUAGAGUAGCUUUCACCAAUUCCCUGGCAAAGCGGGAAAGCUACACUCUGUUGCUGUGAGAAAUCAUUCUAAGAGGCAGUAGGAAAAUGGGUAUUCUGACCAAAGUAAACCUGUAACCUACAGACUGAUCGUCACAGUCCACAUAACAAUGAGACUUCAUCAAAGAUUCAAAUGGAUUGUGAAACCAACUCCUUUGGGCUUUGAGGUAAGCCCUGGUGUUACAGAACUGUCUUCCUCCAUUGGAGUUAUUCCCCCAGCUCAGUCUGCUUCACUUCAUAUUUCUGUGCACGUGUGUGUACUUGCGAUACUGAAGGGGUAGAGUUUAAGUAACAGAAUUACUAAUCUUUUCUCUUCACUGUUCUUGGGAGUUUCACAAUAAAUGGUAAUUUUCUUUUAA